AUGCUUCAAAAUUUACAUAAUAUUCCUGUCAAGUCAAAUCCUCGGUUAAAUCAAUCACAACAACAACAACAACAACAACAUCAACACAAUGUUCUCGAUAUUCCAGAUGAUAUGAUUAUUUCAAGUCAACCUCAAAUAAGAAGAAAUCGGUCUUCAAAAAAGCCUAACUAUAGUCGAUUAGUCAAACGAUUAAAACAUAAAUUUAGACUGGCCAAUGUAGUAUUAAGGAAGACCGAUAAAUCCAAAGUAUUUCAUUUGGGAAAACUUGAAGAUUAUCGAAAAAGAUCUAAAGAAUAUAUGACUAAAACCAAUGCUUAUCAAUGUCUUGGUACUCACGAUCCAUUACCUGAUUUAAUUCAACGAACCAAUCAAUAUUUAUUACAUUUACGUCUUGCAAAAUGGGUUACACAGAAACAAUAUGAAAUACUAUCUAUUAACCCAAAUGAAGUUGAAUUGGCGCACUUAUAUUACUUACCAAAAGCACACAAGCCUGGUACUCCUCUACGUCCAAUUAUUGCCGGUCUUAAACAUCCAACGAUUAAAAUCUCGAAGUUUCUUGAUGAUAUUCUUCGACCUCUGUUUAAUCAAAUGGCUAUAGAAACAAAUGUUACAUCUGGCUUCGAAUUAGUCAAAAAACUACAAGAAUGGUCAAGAACUAAUAUACGUCAAGAUACUCUACUAUGUACAGCUGAUGUUACUGAUCUUUAUACAAUGGUACCACAAGUGGAAGGAGUACUCUCAUUGCGAAAAAUGUUAGAUCAUCUCAAAUUAAAACAAGUUGACGGUUUAAAAGUUGAAACAAUUAUUCGAUUGAGUCGAUUUGUUAUGCAAAAUAAUUACUUCUCAUAUGAAGAUCAAUUCUAUCAUCAAAUUCGUGGCGGAGCUAUGGGUUCUCCACUUACUCUUACCAUUGCCAAUUGUUACAUGUUCUUCUAUGAACGAGAGAUUGUCAAACAAGUCAACAACAGUGGUGGUCUCUAUCUACGAUACAUUGAUGAUAUCUUCCUUGCUAUUAAUUGGCCUGUUCGACAUCUAAUGAAACAAGUCGAUCGAUGGAACCAAUUUGAUUCAAAUAUACAUUUGUCUGCCAAUAUUAGUUUCAAGGCCGAUUGUUUAGAUUUACAUAUAGAAAACAAAGAUGGUCAUUUAUUCACUUCAGUCUAUCACAAACCAGCACACGAACCUUAUUAUCUACCAUUUAAUAGUGUUCAUCCAUUCCAUAUGAAAAAGAAUAUACCAUUUACCAUGCUACUGAGAGCUAUUCGCUAUUGUUCUACAUUUGAAGCAUAUUUGAAUGAAAGAGAAUCAAUACGAAUGGCCUUGCUAUUAAAUAAAUAUCCUGGUGACCUCAUUGAUGAACAAUUCAAAAAUGUCCUUUUCAAAUUUGACAUUCAUGAAAUACUUACCGUCACCAAUUACGCUUUAAUACGCAAUAGAAUUAUUCAAUCUCCCAUUCAAGAAAUAACACCAGUUGAUUAUGGUAAAACAAUGUUUGUUCACUUUACUUAUUGUAUAAACAUGCAAACAUUCCCUACCAAGUUUCAUACACUAUGGAAUAAAUAUUUUGGCUCGUCGCCAAUUAAUGAAAUUACUCCAGUUUUGGGAACAAGAAACGUCGAUAAUUUGCAAAAACGUCUCACAAAUACUCGACAAUGA